AGAUUUAACAAUGCAGUCAGAUAAACAGUUGUGGCAGCUGCUGCCAUGGCAACGUCACCGUCCUUACCCUCCCAGUGCGCGCCCCUUCCCCACCCCUCCUCCUCCUCCUGCUUUCCUCCAGUAAGUGCAUACUCGCUAGUGGUCUGUACAGGCGGCACGGUUUGAUGGCAGAGAUAUUUUCUUUCCAAACUGUUCAAAAUGAUGAACGAAGAUGCAGCUCAGAAAAGCGACAGUGGAGAGAAGUUCAACGGCAGUAGUCAGAGAAGAAAAAGACCCAAGAAGUCUGACAGCAACGCGAGCUUCCUCCGUGCUGCCAGAGCAGGCAACCUGGACAAAGUCGUGGAAUAUCUGAAGGGGGGCAUAGACAUCAAUACCUGCAAUCAGAAUGGACUCAACGCUCUCCAUCUGGCUGCCAAGGAAGGCCACGUGGGGCUGGUGCAGGAGCUGCUGGGAAGAGGAUCCUCUGUGGAUUCUGCCACUAAGAAGGGAAAUACCGCUCUUCACAUUGCAUCUUUGGCUGGACAAGCAGAAGUUGUCAAAGUUCUUGUUAAGGAAGGAGCCAAUAUUAAUGCACAGUCUCAGAAUGGCUUUACUCCUUUAUACAUGGCUGCCCAAGAGAAUCACAUUGAUGUUGUGAAAUAUUUGUUGGAAAAUGGAGCUAAUCAGAGCACUGCUACAGAGGAUGGCUUUACUCCUCUAGCUGUGGCACUCCAGCAAGGACACAACCAGGCAGUGGCCAUCCUCUUGGAAAAUGACACCAAAGGGAAAGUGAGACUGCCAGCUCUGCAUAUUGCCGCUAGGAAAGACGACACCAAAUCUGCCGCACUCCUUCUUCAGAAUGACCACAAUGCUGACGUACAAUCCAAGAUGAUGGUGAAUAGGACAACUGAGAGUGGUUUUACUCCUUUGCACAUAGCUGCACAUUAUGGAAAUGUCAACGUGGCAACUCUUCUUCUAAACCGGGGAGCUGCUGUGGACUUCACAGCCAGGAAUGGAAUCACUCCUCUGCAUGUGGCUUCCAAAAGGGGAAAUACAAACAUGGUGAAACUCUUACUGGAUCGAGGCGGUCAGAUCGAUGCCAAAACUAGGGAUGGGUUGACACCACUUCACUGUGCUGCACGAAGUGGGCAUGACCAAGUGGUGGAACUUCUGUUGGAACGGGGUGCUCCCUUGCUGGCAAGGACUAAGAAUGGGCUGUCUCCACUACACAUGGCUGCCCAGGGAGACCACGUGGAAUGUGUGAAGCACCUGUUACAGCACAAGGCUCCUGUUGAUGAUGUCACCCUGGACUACCUGACAGCCCUCCACGUUGCUGCGCACUGUGGCCACUACCGCGUAACCAAACUCCUUUUGGACAAGAGAGCCAAUCCGAAUGCCAGAGCCCUGAAUGGUUUUACUCCACUGCACAUUGCCUGCAAGAAAAACCGCAUCAAAGUCAUGGAACUGCUGGUGAAAUAUGGGGCUUCAAUCCAAGCUAUAACAGAGUCUGGCCUCACACCAAUACAUGUGGCUGCCUUCAUGGGCCACUUGAACAUUGUCCUCCUUCUGCUGCAGAACGGAGCCUCUCCAGAUGUCACUAACAUUCGUGGGGAGACGGCACUACACAUGGCAGCCCGAGCCGGGCAGGUGGAAGUGGUCCGAUGCCUCCUGAGAAAUGGUGCCCUUGUUGAUGCCAGAGCCAGGGAGGAACAGACACCUUUACAUAUUGCCUCCCGCCUGGGUAAAACAGAAAUUGUCCAGCUCCUUCUACAACAUAUGGCUCAUCCAGAUGCGGCCACUACAAAUGGGUACACACCGCUGCACAUCUCUGCCCGGGAGGGCCAGGUGGAUGUGGCGUCAGUCCUAUUGGAAGCAGGAGCAGCCCACUCCUUAGCUACCAAGAAGGGUUUUACUCCCUUGCAUGUAGCCGCCAAAUAUGGAAGCCUGGACGUGGCAAAACUUCUCUUGCAACGCCGUGCUGCCGCAGAUUCUGCAGGGAAGAAUGGCCUUACCCCGCUCCAUGUUGCUGCUCAUUAUGACAACCAGAAGGUGGCGCUGCUGCUACUGGAGAAGGGUGCUUCCCCUCAUGCCACUGCCAAGAAUGGCUAUACUCCUUUACAUAUUGCUGCCAAGAAGAAUCAAAUGCAGAUAGCUUCCACACUCCUGAACUAUGGAGCAGAGACAAACAUUGUGACAAAGCAAGGAGUAACUCCACUCCAUCUGGCCUCGCAGGAGGGGCACACAGAUAUGGUUACCUUGCUUCUGGAUAAGGGCGCCAAUAUCCACAUGUCAACCAAGAGCGGACUCACAUCCUUACACCUUGCAGCCCAGGAAGAUAAAGUGAAUGUUGCUGAUAUUCUCACCAAGCAUGGAGCUGAUCAGGAUGCACAUACAAAGCUUGGCUACACACCUUUAAUUGUGGCCUGUCACUAUGGAAAUGUGAAAAUGGUGAACUUUCUUCUGAAGCAGGGAGCAAAUGUUAACGCAAAAACCAAGAACGGCUACACGCCUUUACACCAGGCCGCGCAGCAGGGUCACACGCACAUCAUCAACGUCCUGCUCCAGCAUGGGGCCAAGCCCAACGCCACCACCGCGAAUGGCAACACUGCCUUGGCGAUUGCUAAGCGUCUGGGCUACAUCUCCGUGGUCGACACCCUGAAGGUUGUGACCGAGGAGGUCACCACCACCACCACAACUAUUACAGAAAAACACAAACUAAAUGUUCCUGAGACGAUGACUGAGGUUCUUGAUGUUUCUGAUGAAGAGGGUGAUGACACAAUGACUGGUGAUGGGGGAGAAUACCUUAGGCCUGAGGACCUAAAAGAACUGGGUGAUGACUCACUACCCAGCAGUCAGUUCCUGGAUGGUAUGAAUUACCUGCGAUACAGCUUGGAGGGAGGACGAUCUGACAGCCUUCGAUCCUUCAGUUCCGACAGGUCUCACACUCUGAGCCAUGCCUCCUACUUGAGGGACAGUGCCGUGAUGGAUGACUCGGUUGUGAUUCCCAGUCACCAGGUGUCAACUCUAGCCAAGGAGGCAGAAAGGAAUUCUUAUCGCCUAAGCUGGGGCACUGAGAACUUAGACAACGUGGCUCUUUCUUCCAGUCCUAUUCAUUCAGGUUUCCUGGUUAGUUUUAUGGUGGAUGCCCGAGGUGGUGCUAUGCGAGGAUGCAGACACAAUGGGCUCCGGAUCAUUAUUCCACCUCGGAAAUGUACUGCUCCAACACGAGUCACCUGUCGACUGGUCAAGCGCCACAGACUGGCAACAAUGCCUCCAAUGGUGGAAGGAGAAGGCCUGGCCAGUCGUCUGAUCGAAGUUGGACCUUCUGGUGCUCAGUUCCUUGGUAAACUUCACCUGCCAACGGCUCCUCCCCCACUUAAUGAGGGAGAAAGUUUGGUCAGCCGCAUUCUUCAGCUGGGGCCUCCUGGAACCAAAUUCCUUGGGCCUGUGAUCGUGGAGAUCCCUCACUUUGCGGCUCUUCGAGGAAAGGAAAGGGAACUGGUGGUCCUGCGCAGUGAGAAUGGGGACAGCUGGAAAGAGCAUUUCUGUGACUACACUGAAGAUGAGUUGAAUGAAAUUCUUAAUGGCAUGGAUGAAGUACUGGAUAGCCCGGAAGACCUAGAAAAGAAACGAAUCUGCCGCAUCAUCACCCGAGACUUCCCACAGUACUUUGCAGUGGUGUCUCGUAUCAAACAGGACAGCAAUCUGAUUGGCCCAGAAGGAGGUGUGCUGAGCAGCACAGUGGUGCCCCAGGUGCAAGCCGUCUUCCCAGAGGGGGCACUCACCAAGCGGAUCCGCGUAGGCCUGCAGGCUCAACCUAUGCACACUGAGCUGGUUAAGAAGAUCCUAGGCAAUAAAGCUACCUUCAGCCCUAUAGUCACUUUGGAACCUAGAAGAAGAAAAUUCCACAAACCAAUUACCAUGACCAUUCCUGUCCCCAAAGCUUCAAGUGAUGUCAUGUUGAAUGGUUUUGGGGGAGAUGCACCAACCUUAAGAUUACUAUGCAGCAUAACAGGUGGAACCACCCCUGCUCAGUGGGAAGAUAUUACAGGAACUACGCCAUUAACAUUUGUCAAUGAAUGUGUUUCCUUUACAACAAACGUGUCUGCCAGGUUCUGGCUGAUAGAUUGUCGACAGAUCCAGGAAUCCGUCACUUUUGCAUCACAAGUAUAUAGAGAAAUUAUCUGCGUACCUUAUAUGGCCAAAUUUGUAGUGUUUGCCAAGUCACAUGACCCAAUUGAAGCCAGGUUGAGAUGUUUCUGCAUGACUGAUGAUAAAGUAGAUAAGACCCUUGAACAACAAGAAAAUUUUGCUGAGGUGGCCAGAAGCAGGGAUGUGGAGGUGUUAGAAGGAAAACCCAUCUAUGUUGAUUGUUUCGGCAACUUGGUGCCAUUAACUAAAAGUGGCCAGCAUCAUAUAUUCAGUUUUUUUGCCUUCAAAGAAAAUAGACUUCCUCUAUUUGUCAAGGUACGCGAUACGACUCAGGAACCCUGCGGACGACUAUCAUUUAUGAAGGAGCCAAAAUCCACAAGAGGCCUGGUGCAUCAAGCUAUUUGCAACUUAAACAUCACUUUGCCGAUUUAUACAAAGGAAUCAGAGUCAGAUCAAGAACAGGAGGAAGAGAUCGAUAUGACAUCAGAAAAAAAUGAUGAGACAGAAUCUACAGAAACAUCUGUCCUGAAAAGUCACCUCGUUAAUGAAGUUCCUGUCCUAGCAAGUCCGGACUUGCUCUCUGAAGUUUCUGAGAUGAAACAAGAUUUGAUCAAAAUGACCGCCAUCUUGACCACAGAUGUGUCUGAUAAGGCAGGUUCUAUUAAAGUGAAGGAGCUGGUGAAGGCUGCUGAGGAAGAGCCAGGAGAGCCUUUUGAAAUCGUUGAAAGAGUUAAAGAGGACUUAGAGAAAGUGAAUGAAAUCCUGAGAAGUGGAACCUGCACAAGAGAUGAAGGCAGUGUGCAGAGCUCUCGGUCUGAGAGAGGAUUAGUGGAAGAGGAAUGGGUUAUUGUCAGUGAUGAGGAAAUAGAAGAGGCUAGGCAAAAAGCACCUUUAGAAAUCACUGAAUAUCCAUCUGUAGAAGUUAGAAUAGAUAAAGAGAUAAAAGGAAAAGUAGAGAAAGACUCAGAGCAGCUACAGACAGUUCAGGAUAAGGCAGGGAAGAAACGUGAGGCUCUGGCUGUUGGCAAGAGCUCUGAAAAGGAAGGGAAAGACAUACCCCCAGAUGAGACACAGAGUACACAGAAACAGCAAAAACCAAGCUUGGGAAUAAAGAAGCCAGUAAGAAGGAAAUUAAAAGAAAAGCAGAAACAAAAAGAGGAAGGUUUACAAGCUAGUGCAGAGAAAGCUGAACUUAAAAAAGGUAGUUCAGAAGAGUCAUUAGAUGAAGACCCAGGUUUAGCCCCUGAACCUCUUCCCACUGUCAAGGCCACAUCUCCUUUGAUAGAAGAAACUCCCAUUGGUUCCAUAAAGGACAAAGUAAAGGCCCUUCAGAAGCGAGUGGAAGAUGAACAGAAAGGUCGAAGCAAGUUGCCCAUCAGAGUCAAAGGCAAGGAGGACGUGCCAAAAAAGACCACUCACAGGACACAUCCAGCGGCAUCACCCUCUCUGAAGACAGAGAGACAUGCGCCAGGGUCUCCCUCCUCUAAAACAGAAAGACACUCUGCUCUUUCCUCUUCUGCCAAAACUGAAAGGCACCCUCCAGUAUCACCAUCAAGUAAAACUGAGAAACACUCACCUGUGUCUCCCUCUGCAAAAACGGAAAGACAUUCACCUAUGUCAUCUUCGAGUAAAACUGAGAAACACUCACCUGUAUCACCCUCGACAAAAACUGAAAGGCACUCCCCUGUGUCAUCUACAAAAACAGAAAGACACCCACCCGUUUCACCUUCAGGCAAAACAGACAAACGUCCACCCGUAUCGCCCUCCGGGAGAACAGAAAAACACCCGCCAGUAUCGCCUGGGAGAACAGAAAAACGCUUGCCUGUUUCACCGUCCGGAAGAACGGACAAGCACCAACCUGUAUCAACAGCUGGGAAAACCGAAAAGCACCUGCCUAUGUCACCUUCUGGCAAAACAGAAAAGCAACCACCUGUAUCCCCCACUUCAAAAACAGAGAGGAUCGAAGAAACCAUGUCUGUUCGGGAGCUGAUGAAGGCUUUCCAGUCAGGUCAGGACCCUUCUAAACAUAAAACUGGACUCUUUGAGCACAAAUCAGCAAAACAAAAGCAGGCACAAGAGAAAGGUAAAGUUCGGAUAGAAAAAGAAAAGGGGCCGAUACUAACCCAGAGAGAAACUCAGAAAACAGAGAAUCAGACAAUCAAACGAGGCCAGAGACUCCCGGUAACGGGCACGACGGAAUCCAAAAGAGGAGUUCGUGCUUCCUCUAUAGGAGUUAAGAAAGAAGAUGCAGCUGGAGAAAAGGAGAAAAUUCUGAGUCGCAAAAUACCUGAACCUGUUCAGUCAGCACCUGAAGGAGAAAGCCACAGAGAGAGCGAAGUCCCCAAAGAAAAAAUGGCUGAUGAGCAGGGAGACAUGGAUCUCCAGAUCAGCCCAGAUAGGAAAACCUCCACUGACUUCUCUGAGGUCAUUAAGCAAGAGUUGGAAGACAAUGACAAAUACCAACAAUUUCGCCUGAGUGAGGAGACAGAAAAGGCACAGCUUCAUUUAGACCAAGUACUCACUAGUCCUUUCAAUACGACAUUUCCACUCGACUACAUGAAAGAUGAGUUCCUUCCAGCUCUGUCUUUACAAAGCGGUGCUUUAGAUGGCAGUUCUGAAAGCCUAAAGAAUGAGGGGGUAGCCGGCUCUCCGUGCGGCAGUCUAAUGGAGGGGACCCCUCAGAUUAGUUCGGAAGAAAGCUAUAAGCAUGAGGGCCUAGCAGAGACCCCUGAGACAAGCCCAGAAAGCCUUUCUUUCUCACCAAAGAAAAGUGAGGAGCAAGUUGGGGAAACAAAGGAAAGCACCAAGAUAGAAACCACCACAGAAAUUCAUUCAGAAAAAGAGCAUCCCACAACCAAAGACAUUACUGGUGGCUCUGAAGAGCGAGGUGCCACAGUCACUGAGGGCUCGGAGACCUCUACUGAGGGUUUUCAGAAAGAGGCCACUCUAGGCUCUCCCAAAGACACAAGCGCUAAAAGAAAAGAUGAUUGCACAGGCAGCUGUAGUGUAGCAUUAGCUAAAGAGACACCCACAGGACUGACUGAGGAGGCAGCCUGUGAUGAAGGUCAACCUACCUUUGGUAGUUCAGCCCACAAGACACAAGCUGAUAGUGAGGCUCAGGAAUCCACAGCCACCUCAGAUGAGACAAAGGCCUCGCCGCUGCCUGAGGCUUCUGUAAAGACAGAUACAGAAACUGAAUCAAAGCCUCAAGGAGUCAUUAGAAGUCCCCAAGGGUUAGAACUUGCACUCCCUAGCCGAGAUAGUGAAGUCCUCAGUGCUGUGGCUGAUGACUCAUUAGCAGUGAGCCACAAAGACUCUCUGGAAGCCAGCCCUGUGCUAGAAGAUAACUCUUCACACAAAACCCCUGAUUCUCUGGAGCCAAGUCCUCUGAAAGAAUCCCCUUGCCGUGACUCUCUGGAAAGCAGCCCUGUUGAACCAAAGAUGAAGGCUGGAAUUUUUCCAAGUCACUUUCCUCUUCCUGCAGCUGUUGCCAAAACAGAACUCUUGAUGGAAGUAGCCUCUGUGCGGUCCCGGCUACUCCGAGACCCUGACGGCAGUGCUGAGGAUGACAGUCUUGAGCAGACGUCGCUCAUGGAGAGCUCAGGGAAGAGUCCCCUUUCUCCCGACACCCCCAGCUCCGAAGAAGUCAGCUAUGAGGUUACACCCAAAACCUCAGAUGUAAGUACACCAAAACCAGCUGUGAUUCAUGAAUGUGCAGAGGAGGAUGAUUCAGAAAACGGGGAGAAAAAGAGGUUCACACCUGAAGAGGAGAUGUUUAAAAUGGUAACCAAAAUCAAAAUGUUUGAUGAACUUGAACAAGAAGCAAAGCAGAAAAGGGACUACAAAAAAGAACCCAAACAAGAAGAAUCCUCUUCAUCCUCUGACCCAGAUGCAGACUGUUCAGUAGACGUGGAUGAACCGAAAUGUACAGGCAGUGGGGAGGAUGAAAGUGGUGUCCCUGGGUUAGUAACUUCAGAGAGCAGGAAGGUGUCUUCCUCCUCAGAAAGUGAACCUGAGUUGACACAGCUAAAAAAAGGUGCUGACUCAGGCCUCUUACCAGAACCAGUGAUUCGAGUGCAACCUCCUUCACCACUUCCAUCAAGCAUGGACUCCAAUUCCAGUCCAGAAGAAGUACAAUUCCAGCCUAUUGUUUCCAAACAAUAUACUUUCAAGAUGAAUGACGAGAUUCAGGAAGAACCAGGUAAAUCAGAAGGAGAAAAAGAUUCUGAAUCCCAUUUAGCUGAAGACAGUCACGCUGUUUCCACUGAAGCUGCAGAUAAUUCUUUUGAUAAGCUAAACAGAGACACUGAUCAGCCAGAAAUCUGUGGUGGCCAUGGGUGUGAGGCCAUGAGUCCUAGCAGCUCAGCUGCUCCUGUCUCUUCAGGUCUGCAGAGUCCAACUGAUGAUGAUAUUGAUGAACAGCCAGUCAUCUAUAAAGAAUCAUUAGCUCUCCAAGGCAGUCAUGAAAAAGACACAGAAGGAGAAGAGCUUGAUGUUUCUAGAGCAGAAUCUCCACGAGUAGAUUGCCCCAGUGAAGGCUUUUCACCUUCGUCCUCUUUGCCUCAUUGUUUGGUAUCUGAAGGAAAAGAAUUAGACGAAGACAUAUCCACCACAUCUUCUAUUCAAAAAACAGAAAUCACAAAAACUGAUGAAACAUUUGAGAACUUACCAAAGGACUGCCCCACUCAAGACUCAUCCAUUACUACUCAAACAGAUAGAUUUUCCAUGGAUGUUCCUGUGUCCGACCUAGCUGAGACGGAUGAAAUCUGUGAUCGCCAAAUAACUAGCCCUUAUGAAAAUGUCCCUUCCCAAUCUUUUUUCUCUAGUGAAGAAAGCAAAACCCAAACAGAUGCAAAUCACACCACAAGUUUUCACUCUUCUGAAGUGUAUUCUGUUACCAUCACAUCCCCUGUUGAAGACGUUGUGGUGGCAAGCUCCUCUAGUGGAACUGUUUUAAGCACAGAAUCUAAUUUUGAGGGCCAGGACAUAAAAGUGAAAUCCCAACAAGAAAGUACCUUGUGGGAAAUGCAAUCAGACAAUGCCUCUUCAUCUUUCGAGCCUACUAUGUCAGCUACAACAGCAGUUGUUGGUGAACAAAUAAGCAAAGUCAUCAUCACAAAAACUGAUGUGGAUUCUGAUUCUUGGAGUGAAAUUCGGGAAGAUGAUGAAGCUUUUGAGGCUCGUGUGAAAGAGGAAGAACAAAAGAUAUUUGGUUUGAUGGUAGACAGACAAUCACAGGGUACCACCCCUGACACCACUCCUGCUAGGACCCCAACUGAAGAGGGGACCCCAACAAGUGAGCAAAACCCAUUUCUGUUUCAGGAAGGAAAAUUGUUUGAAAUGACCCGAAGUGGUGCCAUUGAUAUGACCAAAAGGUCGUAUGCAGAUGAAAGUUUUCACUUUUUCCAAAUUGGUCAAGAAUCCAGGGAAGAGACUCUCUCUGAAGAUGUGAAAGAAGGGGCUACUGGGGCUGAGCCCCUACCGCUGGAGACAUCAACUGAAUCACUAGCACUUCCAGAAUCAAAAGAAACAGUGGAUGAUGAGGCAGACUUACUUCCAGAUGACCUGAGUGAGGAAGUAGAGGAAAUACCUGCUUCGGAUGCUCAACUUAACCCCCAAAUGGGGAUAUCAGCCUCCCCUGAAACACCGACAAAAGAGGCUGUUAGUGUAGGGACCAAGGACCUCCCCACCAUGCAAACGGGUGAUAUGCCUCCUCUGUCUGGUGUAAAGCAGAUAUCCUGCCCCGACUCUUCUGAACCAGUUGCACAAGUCCAGUUAGAUUUUUCCACAGUCACCAGGUCUGUUUAUUCAGAUAGGGGUGGUGAUUCUCCCGAUUCUUCCCCAGAAGAACAGAAAUCAGUAAUUGAAAUUCCUACUGCACCCAUGGAGAAUGUGCCUUCUACUGAAAGCAAAUCCAAAAUUCCUGUAAGGACUAUGCCCACUUCCACCCCAGCACCUCCAUCUGCAGAGUAUGAGAGUUCCCUUUCUGAAGACUUGCUAUCCAGUGUAGAUGAGGAAAAUAAUGAGGAUGAAGCAAAACCAAAGUCCAAACUCCCUGUCAAAGUACCCCUCCAAAGAGUUGAACAGCAGCUCUCAGAUCUAGACACCCCUGUCCAGGAGACAGCGGCUCCUCAGGGACAGGACAUGACAAGCAUCGCACCAGAUAAUAGAAGCAAAUCUGAAUCUGAUGCUAGUUCUUUGGACUCAAAGACCAAAUGCCCAGUAAAAACCAGAAGCUACACUGAGACAGAAACAGAGAGCAGAGAGAGGGCAGAGGAACUUGAGUUAGAAUCAGAAGAAGGGGCCACAAGACCAAAGAUACUUACAUCCCGAUUGCCAGUUAAGAGCAGAAGCACCACAUCUUCCUGCAGGGGUGGCACGAGCCCCACAAAAGAAAGUAAAGAGCAUUUCUUUGACCUUUACAGAAAUUCCAUAGAAUUCUUUGAGGAGAUUAGUGAUGAGGCUUCCAAGUUAGUGGAUAGGCUGACACAGUCAGAGAGGGAGCAGGAACUAGUUUCAGAUGAUGAAAGUAGUAGUGCCCUGGAAGUAUCAGUAAUUGAAAAUCUGCCACCUGUUGAGACCGAGCACUCAGUUCCUGAGGACAUCUUUGACACAAGGCCCAUUUGGGAUGAGUCUAUUGAGACUCUGAUUGAACGCAUCCCUGAUGAAAAUGGCCAUGACCAUGCUGAAGAUCCACAAGAUGAGCAGGAACGGAUCGAGGAAAGGCUGGCUUAUAUUGCUGAUCACCUUGGCUUCAGCUGGACAGAAUUAGCAAGAGAACUGGAUUUCACUGAGGAGCAAAUUCAUCAAAUUCGAAUUGAAAAUCCCAACUCUCUUCAAGACCAGAGUCAUGCACUGUUGAAGUACUGGCUAGAGAGGGAUGGGAAACACGCUACAGAUACGAACCUCAUUGAAUGUCUCACCAAAAUCAACCGAAUGGAUAUUGUUCAUCUCAUGGAGACCAACAUAGAACCUCUCCAGGAGCGCAUCAGUCAUAGUUAUGCAGAAAUUGAACAGACCAUUACACUGGAUCAUAGUGAAGGGUUCUCGGUACUUCAAGAGGAGUUAUGCACUGCACAGCACAAGCAGAAAGAGGAACAAGCUCUUUCUAAAGAAAGCGAGACCUGCGAUCACCCUCCUAUCGUCUCAGAGGAAGACAUUUCUGUUGGUUAUUCCACUUUUCAGGAUGGCAUCCCCAAAACUGAAGGGGACAGCUCAGCAACAGCACUGUUUCCCCAAACUCACAAGGAGCAAGUUCAACAGGAUUUCUCAGGGAAAAUGCAAGACCUGCCUGAAGAGUCAUCUCUGGAAUAUCGGCAGGAAUAUUUUGUGACAACUCCAGGAACAGAAGCAUCAGAGACUCAGAAGGCUACGACAGUACCUGGCUCUCCCAGCAAGACACCUGAGGAAGUUAGCACCCCUCCAGAGGAGGACAGGCUGUACCUCCAGACCCCAACAUCCAGUGAACGGGGAGGCUCUCCCAUCAUACAAGAACCCGAAGAGCCCUCAGAGCACAGAGAGGAGAGCUCUCCGCGGAAAACCAGCCUCGUAAUAGUGGAGUCUGCCGAUAACCAGCCAGAGACCCGUGAAAGACUCGAUGAAGAUGCAGCUUUUGAAAAGGGAGACGAUAUGCCUGAAAUACCCCCAGAAACAGUCACAGAAGAAGAAUAUAUUGAUGAGCAUGGACACACCGUGGUAAAGAAGGUUACUAGGAAAAUCAUUAGGCGGUACGUAUCCUCUGAAGGCACAGAGAAAGAAGAGAUUACGGUGCAGGGAAUGCCACAGGAACCUGUCAACAUCGAGGAAGGGGAUGGCUAUUCCAAAGUUAUAAAGCGUGUUGUAUUGAAGAGUGACACCGAGCAGUCAGAGGUCACUUUGUGUGAGCCCAGCAUUUUGUCCAGUACCUCACAAUUUCAGGCUGAGCCAGUGGAAGGCCGUAGAGUCAGCAAAGUUGUUAAAACAACUGUGGUACGUGGAGAGAGGAUGGAGAAACAUCUGGGGGAUUCUAGUUUAGCCACUGAUCUUCCUUCAGCCAAAGAUGACUUUGAAGAGGCUUUGAGUUACACAGGUAGCCACAUGAAAGUCCACUUACCCAGUUUAGUAGAGAAUGAAAUCCUGAAAGAGGAUGGAUCAAUAAUUAAAAGGACAACAAUGAGUAAAGCCAUUACACAGAAGAGGGCUGUGGUGAAGGACCAGCAUGGAAAACGCAUUGACUUGGAGCACCUGGAGGAUGUACCAGAAGCACUAGACCAGGACGACCUCCAGCGCGAUCUCCAGCAGCUCCUUCGGCAUUUCUGCAAGGAGGACUUGAAGCAAGAGGCCAAGUGAGGGGCUGCCCAGUUCUCACACCAGAAACCACACAUUCACUCAAUAUGCAGCUUCCUGUUUCAGUAGAAGAGUGACCUAACUGGCCUAAUUAAUGGGAUACCCCGACAUUUCCACUGUUAGCAAAUAUACGGCAUUUUGUUUUAGUUUUCCCCCAUCCUCUUUAACUAUAAAGCUAAUUUGUGACCAAAGAUGGCAUCCUUCAUACUGGAUGCUGUAUCCAAUACUUUGUUGUGUCUGUGCUAACCUGGGAACUGGCCACCUCCAUUGUUCUUUGCUUCUGCACAAGAUCCAUGAAAAUCCAUUGAUCAGAAGAACUUCACCUGCAGACCUCUUCAAGUGACACUAUAUAGGAAUCCUUCCAAGGGAUAUCUAUGUACAAUGUAUAUAGUUGAAAUGCUCAGAUGAACAACAUAUUAAAAUUAAAACCACUGCCUAUUGUAACUACACUGGGCAUCAGAAUAAAAGGCCUCUAGAAAUUGCUGAACAAUGGUUAAUUAAGAUAUUGCUAACACAAUCGAGUGAUAAUAUAGUUUUACUACAAAAGAAGCACUUCAGACCUAUUAUGUCCUUAGAACUUCCAGAGUAGCCACUGCUCCCAGUUAAAGGUGGGUUAACAGCCUCGCAGAACUGUCCUGAGACAGUAUUGCUGGUGCUGGCCAGCCAUGGCUUAGGACUCUCCAACAGCCACUCUGAGGGAGGGGAGAAGGGAGCAGAGGCCACACAGAAUGAAACGAUGGGGUAUUCAGUUGCUAGCAGCUACAUUGUGUGGCAUUCUAGCAUCUUCAGGUCUUUAGAUUUUGGACAAGUUUUGGCAGGGUAUUUUAAAAGCUAUAACUACUGUAGUUUUCCAGUUUUCAUUGCUGCUUUAGCAAACCACGCUGUCUUACUGGUGGUACUUUCUUCUGGCCACUGCACUGUAGAUAAUUCAUUGGAAACAAGAUUUACUCACUACAUAAAGGGUUAAACUCCUUCAGUAUGUUGGAGUGCUUUCUUUUUUUUUUUUUCUUUUUUUUUUUUUUUUUUCAGGUUUAUAUCUUCUCUAAUACCUGCAUGUGGCAUUUAAAAAUCAAGACCACGGUCAAACCCCUCUUCUAAUCACAUUAAUUGUUUCCAUUCUUUUUACCCUGAGUGAGCACUUUUCACUUUCCAGCUAGGUCUGUUUUUCAGCUUGCAGACGAGAUUGAGAAAUCCUUGAAAAUUUGGUUUUGGUUAAAAUUUUUGGUUUAUUUAUUUGAAAUCCACACUCCCUUGGAAACUCUUAAGUGCAUUUGUGCACUUCUGUUUGUUUGUCUCAAAGAAGGGACUGUAACAAUCUGAGUAAUUUCCAUGUCCUCUUCCUAUUCCUCUAGUGGUUGAAGCUGUGUAGCAUUUUAACAUAUAUAUAUUCACAAAUAUAUUCAUAUAAACAGUAUACAUUUUGAAUCAGUCAUUUGUUAAAGAAAAGUAUAUUCAAUGAAGAUGAAAUUUAAAUAAAAAAGGACAGAGUCUAUCCUCCAGGGAUUGAACAUUUUCCAAUUAUCUGGUCUUUUCCUGUUGUGCAAAAAUGACUCAUUGCUCCGAAUGUCAAAAACAAAUGCGACAAACAAUGGCACUUCAUCAUUUAAAGUAAUGUUGCCAAGAGAAAAAAUUUCCUGGGAGGGAGGUUUCCCACAAGCCAAAUCUCCCAAGCCUCAAAUGCUAGCACUUUUUGGCAGUUGGAUAGGAAAUGAAACAUUCUUUGGCAGCCAAAAUAAGAGAGGCCGAUGGUGAAACUUUUUGAGACACCCUAUGGCCUUCUUGUCAAAACCUUCACUGGAGCUCAAGAAAAGCAUUUCUGUUGUGUUAUUUGCAGUGCAGAUGAUGUCUGUGUAACAACAUAAUGGUUAUUCACCCUUUUUUGAUUUUGAUUUUUGCUGUGUUAUCAAAAACUUGAAUACUGUGAGAAGAAGUGAAUUUUCAGUUGACGAAUCAGCAUCUUGUUCCCAUGGUGAUAACACUAAUUGAAUAUAUCUAUGAGGGCAUGUAUUAGUUAAUGGAAAAAAAAAUACAACACUAACAAUACAUAGCUGCAAUGUGUACAAUGGCUGAUUUAAUUAAAUAAAAUGUACAAGUGUUAAAUGUG